ACGGCAGUGGGGGGGUCAGCAGACCCUCCCCAAGAAGCCCACCUUCCCUCCUCCUCACCUCAUCUUUUGGCAGCAACUUCGACAGCAAGAUGCCUCAGGAAUGGACUCGGAGGAGAAAGAGGAGAUGGACAACAUUGAGGGCCUGAAGGGGCCGAUGAAGGGCAAGGAGAAGGCAAAGGCUGCCAAGGAGGAGAAGAAGAAGAGAACCCAGAGUCCCGGGCCUGGCCAGGGGCCUGAGGCCCCCGAGAAGAAGAAAUCCAAGAUUGACGAGCUCAAGGUGUACCCCAAGGAGCUGGAGGCGGAGUUCGACCACUUCGAGGACUGGCUGCACACCUUCAACCUGCUUCGAGGCAAGACGGGCGAUGACGAAGAUGGCUCCACCGAGGAGGAGCGCAUCGUCGGCCGGUUCAAG